AGCAGAAGUGGAAACGCGCGUUCAACACGAAAAAGGAAGAAGCGCGUUAAAUAUGAUCGAGUCCAUCAGCCGCCGCGGUCGCUCGCCCGGUCAGUCAGUCAUGCCCACCUUCAUCAGCACACGGGCGCGCGCAAGGCGGGCGUGCACGCGCUCAGAGUCCGGCCCGCGCCCUCCCCACCCACCCCAGCGGCCCUUCGCCGCCCGCAGAGCCAAUCACCCGCGGCCGCUGGAAGUAGGACAAGCCGCUUCCUGGUUGCGGGUUUAAGGAGGAGCCGCCGGAGUCCGUCAGGAGCGGGUCAGAACCGGCGCAGAGACACCGGGCGGAUAACAGCCGCUACAGGAGACCCGUGCGCGCGGACGCGUCACAUUGAGGAAGUGCGCGCUCAGUCAGGUGGGACGCAGCGGGGGAAACUCAGGUGACACCGGCUCAGGAUUGACCCACAGAGAAAGAGAGACGGACGGACAGAAGAGACAUCUGAGAGUUUAUGGACUGGAGGUGGCGAUGUCUCCAGGAGAGGACGGUCUAAUCGGGAUCCCCUUCCCGGAGCACAGCAAUGAGCUGCUGUCCCGUCUCAACGCGCAGCGGCGGACCGGGCUGCUCUGUGACCUCACGCUGACCUCACGCGGCGCACGAUACCCCACACACCGCUCCGUCAUGGCCGCCGUCAGCCUGUACUUCCGGCGUCUGUUCGGUGCGGAGGAGGGCGAGGAUGGAGGCGAGGGCGUGGGCGACAGCUGCAGCGUGUGCCAGCUGGACUGUGUGUCGCCUGACGCGCUGGCCGCGCUGCUGGAGUUCGCCUACACCGCCACGCUGACCAUCCGCAGCUCGGGCAUGAGGGAGGUUCUGAAGGGCGCGCAGCUGCUGGGCAUCCAGUGCGUGGCGGACGCCUGCAGGGACAUUCUGGGCGAGGCGGACGACGAUCCGACGGACCCCGUGAAGGAGGCGGAGCGGCUGCCGUCUCGACGCAAGCAGGAUCGGUGCUCCGUGGCCCGAGCCGUGUCCCCCGCCAGACCGGUGAGUUUCAUGCCUUCGGCGUCUGAGGACACUCCAGAGUACGGCCUGCUUCCCACGCAAGGGCGAGAAGGAAACCCUCCGCCCGCGGCCGGACAGGCCCACCGAGGGCUGCUAAUGAACGGAGGUGCGCACUGGCCGAAUGAAUCCACCCUGAUUCCAUACAGACCCGAAGACACGCCCUCAGAGGAGGAGGAGUCUGGUGCGCAGGGGCGGGCCACGCCCCACCACAGCCAAUCACAACAGGGGGACGGAGGAGGGGGCGGAGCAGCAGCCGUGAGCGGCAGGAAGAGGAAGUCUCAGACGCCACAGCAGUGUCCCGUCUGCCAGAAGAUCAUCCACGGAGCGGGAAAGCUGCCGCGUCACAUGAGAACACACACGGGCGAGAAACCGUUCCAGUGCACGGCCUGCGGCGUCCGCUUCACACGGAACGACAAGCUGAAGAUCCACAUGCGGAAGCACACGGGCGAGCGGCCGUAUCCGUGUCCCAGCUGCCCCGCGCGUUUCCUGCACUCCUACGACCUGAAGAACCAUCUUUCGCUGCACAGCGGCGACCGGCCGUUCGAGUGCCCGCUCUGCCACAAGGCUUUCGCCCGCGAGGACCAUCUGCAGCGGCACCGGAAGGGCCACAGCUGCCUGGAGCUCCGAACGCGCCGGCCUCGCCGUGGAACCGGGCCUGAACCCGGCACAUCUCCGCCCUCGGAAUCCUUCGGCCUCCAUCAGCAGCACCCGGAUCACAUGAGUGCCGUCGCGGGGCUCCUCGAGGGCCACGGCAUUCCCAUGCCGGGUGUCCCGCUGCUGGCCGCCGCUCGGAUGCCCUUCCCGGAGCUGCUGUGGCGGGCGGUCUCGGGGCCGGUGGGAAAAUCCCUGGAUAAAGCCGAAGGAGGCUCGUCUCCGCACGGGAGCGGCUCGGUCGCACAUAGAACGUGGGAAGAGGAGGAGGAGGAGGAUGAGGAGCAGGAAGCUGCUGGCGAGGAGGAAGAGUGACGUGUGUGUGUGUGUGUGUGUGUGUGUGUGUGUGUGUGUGUUCCAUCAUAUAUCAGCGGUGUAGUCGCAUCAUCUUCUGUUUCUGGUGCUGGUGGAGCUCAUGAAGAAUCACGCAGGGUCUUUGUUUUGUUGGUCAGAUCUGCUUUUUUUCUGCGGUAUGUGGUUUUGUAUGAAUCCAAAUUGACUGUUUUUGGAGAUUCGUCUUGUUAAUGUUCUGCGAGGUUGAUGUUCACGCUAUGCAACAUUCGAACACAUUCGAGUGAUUGAACAAACCUGAUUUAAAAACUAACAACUGAAUGAAUUAAGAAUGCAAAUGAAGCAGCUAGAGGCAGAGAGGGGCGUGGCCUUCCUCUGGAUGGGACAUAUCGCCACCUACAGGCGCUCAGGAUACCAUGAAGGGGAAUCUACUGUAGCUGCUCUUAAAUUUAGCCUUUUCCAAAUAAAAUGAGUUUGGAAUUUUUUUUUUCCUUCGAAUGAUAGAAUUUCCUUUCAUACCAAAGAAUAUUGGUUAGUUUGGACUUAACUGAGAUUAAUUAUAUGUCAGUGAAUUUUUCAGAUAUUUGUAGCCUUUAAAAUGUUUUUUUUUCUCUGUCUGUUGUCUUUGAGAGAAAGACUUAAAAUGGACCAGGUCUCAGUUCUCACACAUUUAAAGGGCUUUCAGGACUGUGUUCAAAUGCUCUGAUGGGGCUUGAGAAUCUUAAUCGGACGCAUUUGUUUGAUUUUCGUUUACGUUUGUUUGGGAGGAUGAGCUUGAUUUCAUCCUGAAUUUAGAGAACGCAUCUGGUUUUCCUGCGCACUCGUUUCCUUUAAAGAUGGUGACACGGCAGGAUGGAGAAUUCUUUUGUAUACUAUUCUAUUUAUUUAUUUGUCGGUUUGAUAUUUAUUGUGACUUUCCUGGUUGAGGCGCUUUGGUUAUUCUGCAUCUUCUCUUCCUUACGAAGCUUCCUUCAGUCCGAGUCUUUGAGUUCAGUUGGUGUGACUCCUAGAGUCUUGAGUCGCUUCAAGACUCAAGUAGUCGCUCCGACUAAAGACUCAAGGAGUUGCUCUGAUUGAACAACUUUUUGAGUCUUGAGUUGGAAUGACUCCUUGAGUGUUUAAGUUCAGUCGGAGCGACUCCUUGAGUCUUGGAGUUCAGUCGGAGCGACUUCUUGAGUCUUUAGUCGGAGCGACUCCUUGAGUCUUGGAGUUCAGUUGGAGCGACUCCUUGAGUCUUUAGUCGGAGCGACUCCUUGAGUCUUUGAGUUCAGUUGGAGCGACUCCUUGAGUCUUUAAGUUCAGUCCGAGUGAAUCCCUGAGUCUUUAAGUUCAGUCAGAGCGACUCCUUGAGUUUUUGAGUUCAGUCGGAGCGACUCCUUGAGUCUUUAGUCGGAGCGACUCCUUGAGUCUUGGAGUUCAGUCGGAGCGACUCCUUGAUUCUUUGAGUUCAGUCGGAGCGACUCCUUGAGUCUUUAGUCGGAGCGACUCCUUGAGUCUUGGAGUUCAGUUGGAGCGACUCCUUGAGUCUUUAGUCGGAGCGACUCCUUGAGUCUUGGAGUUCAGUCGAAGCGACUCCUUGAGUCUUUAGUCGGAGCGACUCCUUGAGUCUUGGAGUUCAGUCGAAGCGACUCCUUGAGUCUUGGAGUUCAGUCGGAGCGACUCCUUGAUUCUUUGAGUUCAGUCGAAGCGACUCCUUGAGUCUUGGAGUUCAGUCGAAGCGACUCCUUGAGUCUUUAGUCGGAGCAACUCCUUGAGUCUUGGAGUUCAGUCGGAGCGACUCCUUGAGUCUUGGAGUUCAGUCGGAGCGACUCCUUGAUUCUUUGAGUUCAGUUGGAGCGACUCCUCUGGUCUAGAAUCGGUUCUGCCUUUUUUUCUCGUAAUGGCCUCAGGUAGACGCGACGUGAAGCCUGAUCAGAUGUAACGUGUGCAAACGCACAUAUAACCGCUCAGGUGCUGUAGAGAACUGAGAUUCAAACGUCCUCUAUUUGCAAGUUUUGCACAUUGAAUUUCUGAUUAAAAGUACAAUCGCCUCCGAUGACCAGCACAGAACAGACAGAAUGAAAUGAGGAGGAGCCUUGCCUUUCUUGAAGCAAAUAUACAUAUCUGAGAUAUUUUUUGAGAUAAUAAAAUUAUUUGCAUUACAUGAAAAAUUAGUCAUUAAUGACAUCAUACUAUAGCUUUAGCCGCCUUCUUUUCGCUCUUUGACCUUCUCUUGAUUAUCAAAGCUAUAAGACACGCGCCCAUCCUCAUGGGAAGCGUGUCGGGAUGAAUUCUGGGAUUUUCGUCUGGUGUAUGUUACUGUACUGCUGACAGUAGGGAAAUUACCCAAAGAGGUUUAUUUGCACUAAAAUGGAAUCUUUGUGUUGUGAAAUAUUGUCUUGUUCAUUAGUCACCAAUGAUGAUGAUUGUAAAUCCUCAAUUUCUUCAAAAACUCUUUGCAUCAUGAAUAUUAAGUACUUCGCUGAAUUUUGUAUGUAAAAAGGUCAAGCUGCCUUAGUUUAUUUUUAAUUUUUUUUGCAACUAUUCUCAGGAAAUCUUGAGCCAUGCACUAAGUGGUUAUGCAAAUGUUUGGUGAAUAUUAAUUUAUUGUAUAUAUUUGUGCUUGGAAAUAUGAACGCCCUGUUAUUAAGUAAAGUUUCUUUACAUCUGUCUUUCCAAAGACGUUGUUUAUUCCUUGAUGUGAUUGAGUUGUUUCAUGUAAAAAGCAAAGCAGCGGUUCUGUUAGUGAUUCGGGUGACGGGACGAGGCUCCUGGUCAAAGCCUUCAAUCAGGGAUCUGUUUUCUGUUCAUAGAGGGAAUCUUUCUCCGUGAUGGCAAAUAAUUUCUCAUGUUGUACAAAUAAAGAGCAAAUAAACAAAGAUUUACGUUCAAAUAGA